CGCGCGAUGGAGGCCGGGUGCUGGCCGCUCGGCGGCGAGUUCGAGGACUCGGUGUUCGAAGAGGGGCGGGAGCGGCGCCCUGGCCCGUGCGCCUCCUACCGCGCCAAGCUCUGCGAGCCGCGGUGGUUUUGUGAGGAAACGGAGAGCAGUGAUGAUGUUGAAGCUCUAACUAUCAAGAAAUUCAGAGGGGACCUGGCCUACAGACAGCAAGAGUAUCAGAAAGCACUGCAGGAAUAUUGCAGUAUCUCUGAAAAAUUACCACCUACAAAUGUUGCCAUGAAAAGGGAUGUCCAGGAAGGCCAGGCUCGGUGUCUAGCUCACCUGGGAAGGCACGUGGAAGCACUGGCGAUUGCUACGGACUUGGAAAGGAAAGCAACUAACACAGACCAUUUGACCACUGUGCUCCACCUCCAGCUCGCCAUUUGUUCAAGCCUGCAGAACGUGGAGCAUGCCAUCUUCUGCCUUCAGAAACUGAUUUCUUUGCAUCCCUUUAACCCUUGGAGCUGGGGCCAGCUGGCAGAGGCGUACCUGAGUCUGGGGCCAGCGUGCUCAGCAUCGUUUGCACCGUCUUGUAGGCAGAGCCAUUUCACCUUAAGUGACAAAACCAUCUACACCUCCUGUCCACACUCAGGAAAAUCCUGUCUUUUGUGUUUCCCUGAGACGUUGCCUGAGAGCUCUGUGUUUUCUGGGGAAAUGAGCAGCGGUAACCACAAGAAGGAGAAAGCUCUGAGCUAUAUUCAGGACUCUGCGGCAAAAAAGAGAGCAGCAGCACCGCUGGAGGCUCAGCUGAAGGCGUGCGCCUCUUUGAUACGAACCAGGCUUUUGCUUCAGCUCACCCAGUCUCAGCAGACAUCGUUUGCUUUGGAGAGGAACCUAAGGACCCAGCAGGAAAUUGAAGAUAAAAUGAAGGGCUUUGGCUUCAAAGAAGACACUUUGCUGCUGAUGGCUGAGGUUAUGGGAGAAGAUAUCGUGCCAGAGAAAAUAAAAGACGAGGUUCACAGUGAGGUGAAGUGUGUGGGCCCUGCAGCCCUGACCGCCUUGGUGAUUGCAUCUUCGAAAGAAUUUGAAGACAAGUGGUUCAGAAAGAUCAAAGACCACUUCUGUUCCUUUGAAAACCAGUUCCAGACACAGAUACAAAUCUCCACUUAGUCCCUUUAAAAGCAAAACAUCUGGCACUGUGUUAACUGUCCUUGUUUACUUCAGAGAGAAUCUACUGCUAACCAUGGAAUAGAGUGAAUUAAACAUGAUUAUUUAUAUUUUAUAAAAA